UGGGUUGUGUGUGUGUAGCUGGGUGGAUGUAGUUGGCAUGUAGAUGGGGCAUGUCUCUGUGUGUGUGUGUAGCUGGGUUGUGUGUUUGCGUGUUUACACCUAGUCUCCUUGCAUUGCCGUCUCUCUCUGACUCACUAACCGGCUGCCUAUUUUUAUACCCCUCGGCGAUCAUGUGGCCUGCCCCCCUUUGCAGCUGUCCCUGGCACCAGGCCCCUGCCACACCCAUGUGUGUGUGUGUGUGUUGGUGCCAAUGUGUAUAUAUAUAACGGCACAGAUCACAACCCGACUGACUCUCCUCCGACCGCCCAGCCCAAGGACUGUCUGAUCUUCCACCCCCUCGACGACCAUGGGCAGAGUGCUCCUUCUGUGCCUGGCCGUGCUGAGCUUUGUCGGGAUCGGAGCGGCCCUGCAGUGCCUGAAAUGCGACUUCACCAUAUUUGGCAUCCCCUGCCACACCACCACCGUCACUUGCCAGGACAACCAGCUCUGCGCCACCAUCCGGGGCCGCGCAGCCGGCCACAAGCUGAUCAUGAAGAAGAACUGCGUUGACAAGGGGAAAUGCCACACCAACGACACCUCGACCUUCGCCGGCAUCACCUACAGCACCUCCUACGAGUGCUGCAAUGGCGAAUUCUGCAACUCGGCCGCGGGCGCCGGGGCCCAGCUCUCCCUGGCCGCAGGCCUGGCCGUGCUGGGGGCCUGGCUCGCCCGGGGCCUCUAAUCCCUGCUCCGCAAGCCGGGAGGCAAGAGGAAAUCAUUUCUGUUGGGGGGGGCAAAAAAAAUCCAGCCUGACCUUGCCUUUAAAUAGCCCCGCCCCUUUUCUUCUUAAAGGGGCGCUUGUUAGCCAGAGGUGAGACCCGAUCUUUGGCCUUUUCUUGGUCGUCUUCGAUCAUUAUAACCCGGGGACGAGGGGGCAAGACCCUCGGGGUCUGUCCGGAGAAGGAAAAUGGAUCCCCCUUUCUUUCGUGGUGGCCCCCCGAACGUUUUCACUCUUUGGUUCUGUUUCUUCUUGCCAAGUCUCACUCUCGGUCUGAUAAGCUACCGAUUGCUGCAGCCUCCAGCCCCCAAACCCGCCCCAGCCGGCACGCUGCCAGUUUUGUAUAAACCCCCCCCCCCAAAAAAAACAGGCGAGCAGCUGAUUUCCCCACCUGUCCCCGCUGGCUCCCGAUGACACGGGACUGUCAAUGAGGGAGCUGCGGCCUGCGGACAAAUGCACCUUUAAGAACCGGGCGCUGCGGCACCGUCCCCUGCCUCGAGCCCCCUCGCCGCAGCUGCCAGUGCCCCAUUGGUGGCAGCAGUGGGAUCCACAGGGGCUGCAGCUGAGGUCAGACGCUCUGGCUCCAGCUGUCCAGGCCUCUGCAUUCCUCCCUCUGCCUCCCCCCCGCCCCAAACAUCUGGCCCCAAUUGUUGCCAUUGGCUGCAUCUCUCAUGCUCACUGGCACUACAGACAUCUGGCGCCAGAUGUUCACUGCCUUCCGCGCCAGCCCCGCCCACACCUGGCCCCACGGCUGCAGGGCUGGUGUCGGGGCAAUGGGGGGGGCUCUGCUCUUCGUCCUGAUGCCCACAGAGCUUGGGCAGGGGCUGGGGGGGGCGGGAGUGUUGUAUUGACCCCACACACUGGCACAGCAGCUUGGUGCUGCCCCCUGCUGGCGCGCGCAGGAUCAGCGCUGCGGCUUUCUCUGCUCAUGUCCUGAAACGCAUCCAGAAUAAAUCCUGUCUCGCUCUGAGCGCUGGCGGCUGUGACUUUCCUCCCGACUGCAGCCCCCUGGUACCCCGGUCCUGUCCCCCCCAAGCCCUGCCGGUGCCCCUCACUCCCGACCCGCAGCCCCUGCCAGCCCAGCCCUGCCCCCCCAGCUCUGCUGGUGCCCCUCACU